AUGAGCUCGGUGAAAACAUAUACUGCCUACGCAUUUGAGACUUUAUACUCGAAAUUGCACAAAACGGACCCAAUUCCGUUUUCCAAGCUGAAGCUUGCUCUAGAAAACGACUCAAAUGUGGUCACCGAAAAGUGUCCCUUAUUCGUUACAUGGAACAUCAAGCAGGGACAUGAUAAGGUCUUGCGUGGAUGCAUCGGUAACUUUAGCGAUCUCACGCUACCUGCCGGUGUUCGUGAAUAUGCGCUGAUUGCUGCUUUGGAGGAUCCAAGAUUUGAGCCUAUAACUUUACGGGAAUUACCUAAGCUCUCGUGUUCUGUGACGUUGCUCAAGAACUUUGAGAAGGGAAAAGAUGCUCUUGAUUGGGAAUUGGGCAAACACGGGAUCAGAAUCUUGAUCAAUGGCAAAAAAUCUGCUACAUUCCUGCCUGAGGUUGCUACGGAGCAAGGAUGGACAAAAGAGGAGACGUUGCAGCACCUUGUUCAGAAAGCUGGCCAUUAUCAGACCAGCUGGGAAGAGGCCGAUAUAGAGCUUACGCGGUACCAAGGAAUCAAGGAGUCCUUGGAUUACGACACGUUCAUGGAUUUACGGGAGAAAUUGCAAUGA